CUCCGCCUUCUCCAUCAAGCACACUCAUCCUUCCUUUCAUUGCUACCUCUUGCGGAUCCCACUUGUCGGGACUUUCUUUACCCCAGCCUUGGGACUUUGUUAACCCCAGGCCUUUUCGUCACUUGUCUCUGGGCAGUUCUGUCCUAAGUAGGUUAGCGCAUGGUGCGAAGCCGCACCGAAAGGACCCCGGCGCCCCCUAGCGGUCUUGGUGAGGGCGCGGGGCUAUAUAGGCUGAGUGCUGCCCUCGGUCCCAGGAAGAAAACCAGUGCCCCAGGCGGCAAGGAGCGCGGCGCCUCGUGGAGAUGCUGCGGUCUGGCGAGGUCCACACUGGGCUAGGAGAGGAGAUAGAGAAAAUGGGAAGAUGGAAGGGAAAUCCCGUAUUGGGAGUCAUCUUGGCCUAAAUUACUGUAUGACCUUGAGCCGGUCACCUCCCCUCUCUGGGAAUGUUUCCUCAUCUGUAACAUGAGGGAAUCAAGACUCUUCCUGCUCUGACAUCCCAUCCUCCACAUCUCCGCAGACGACUAUCAUGGCAGUGGAGUUCGACGGAGGUGUUGUGGUGGGUUCUGACUCCCGGGUGUCUGUAGGCAGAAAGGCAGUGGUAAACCGAGUGUUUAACAAGCUGUCUCCACUACACCAACACAUCUAUUGUGCUCUCUCUGGUUCGGCUGCUGAUGCCCAAGCCAUGGUUGACAUGGCCGCCUACCAACUGGAGCUCCAUGGGUUGGAACUGGAAGAAUGUCCGCUUGUUCUAGCUGCUGCCAAUGUGGUAAGGAAUAUCUCUUAUAAAUAUCGGGAGGACCUGUCUGCACAUCUCAUAGUAGCUGGCUGGGACCAACGUGACGGGGGCCAGGUGUACGGAACCCUGGGAGGAAUGCUGACUCGGCAGCCCUUUGCCAUCGGUGGCUCUGGCAGCACCUAUAUCUACGGUUAUGUGGAUGCGGCAUAUAAACCAGGCAUGUCCCCUGAGGAGUGCAGGUGUUUCACCACCAAAGCUAUCACUCUGGCCAUGAACCGGGAUGGCUCUAGUGGGGGUGUCAUCUACCUGGCCACUAUUACAGCUGCUGGUGUGGACCAUCAAGUAAUUUUGGGUAAUGAGCUGCCGAAAUUCUAUGACAAGUGAAUCUUCCUCAGACCUCCUUUCCUUAUUUUGUAAUAAACUGUCUGGGACCAGAACCUGGUAUGGUCAAUGGAAAAUGGGUGCUCAAGGAGAUGAAGGUUAGGGGAGGGGGCUUCUUCCCUCCCAGAAGUUAGAUACCCUUUCUUAAUGUGUUCAUUCACAUUAAAGAUCAAUACAUGACAAUUGCCUAAAA